AUGGAUUUGUCGGCCAUUAAGGAUAUGUGUUCCACCUUUGAGGAGUUUGAUCGAUGCGGGGUCCGCAAUAAACACGUGCGCGGGUUUCUGAGUACAACUAUUCAAAUCGUUCGACCAGGUGCCGCGAGUCCUACCAAACCGGUUCCUUCCGCAUCGUGCAUGUGCAAUAUACAUCUCUUGGAGGAUGUCUUGCUUCAACGCUGCGUUUUAUUCCCUGAGGCGUUCCUCCACGCUCGCACGCACGGAAAAAUUGGUGUUCCUAUUCUUUAUAUUUUGGUUGGAACGUCCCCUAUUGGUGGAGGCCACCGGUAUCGUGGAAUGUGCCCCACCUUUGCAGUGGCUGUGGAGGAGCACGCUUUUGCACAGUGCUGGGCACAAUGUCUACCACGAUAA